AUGGUCUGCGAUACAGUGGUGUAUCAUCCUUCUGUGACGAAAUUUGUCAAAUUUUUAGAUGGUUCGGCUGGCAGAGAAAAGAUUCUGAGAUUGCUACAGUAUCUAGCCAGAUUUUUGGCUGUUCAGAACUCCUCUGUUUUGGCCAGGCAAUUACAAGCCCAAUUUACCACAGUAAGAAAGUUUCUGAGGUUUUUGAAACCUUUAAGCCACUUGCAAGCAGCUGCUAAGUUUUACGACAACAAAUUAGCCAGUGACAACGUAGUCAGAAUCUGCAAUGUAUUGAAAAAUAUUUUUUUCGCUGCAUAUUUGUCGUUAGACCAGAUCAAUCUUUUAAGAAUUCUGAAAGUGCUUCCGGUCACUAUCCUUACUGGUAAGAAAAUACCACGGUGGUCCAAUUGGUGUUGGUUGUUUGGUCUUUUAAGCGGUUUGGCUAUGGAUCUUCGCAAGAUUCAAACAUCGCACGUCCAAAUCACUGCCUUCACGAACGCAAAAUCACAAAACCAAGGUGGUGAGCAAGAGGAUCACAAGAAAGUAUUAGGGAAGGCCUAUCAAGACAGGUAUUCUGCAUUAAGAAGAUUAUUCUGGGACGCUGCAGACUCGUUUAUCGUCCUUAACAACUUGGGAUACUUAACCAGCAGCGAGGAGUAUGUUGCGUUAUCUGGUGUUGUAACUUCCAUUCUUGGUAUGCAAGAUAUGUGGAAAAUGACAUGA